UCAUUGCUUUGGAAACUGUAAAUAAAUAGAAUAGUGAACAGAUUUAUGAACCCACAGGGUUAUUUCAUUCAAAUAUAUACUAAAUUAUGAUAUAUUGCCGUUACUUUUAGGACUAAAAACAAUCGAUUAAUUUCUACCGGAAAAUAUACGUUUUUAUUAAUUAAAAUGAAAUUUUUUAAUGCAAUUGGAAAGCAGCUAUACUGCAAAUUUAACAAGAAGUUAUUUGCUCAAAGUGCUGUUUUGUACAACCAUAAUAUUUCACAUAGGACUUAUCAUUAUGAUAAUUACUGUGUUAUUGGAUCUGAACCUGAUAAGCAUUCAUCUGAAUAUCAAGAAAAUCAUUCAAAGAUGUUGAAUUUAGUGACUGAUUUAAAGCAACUUGUUCAGAAAAUAUCUAAAGGUGGUGGAGAGAAAGCUAUUCUUCGCCAUACAUCAAAAAAUAAAAUGCUUGCACGAGAAAGGAUUACAAACCUACUUGAUAUGGGGUCUCCUUUUUUAGAAAUUGGUCAAUUAGCUGCUCAUAAUGUUUAUGGAUCUGAAGAAGUGCCAGCUGCUGGUAUAGUUACAGGCAUUGGAGUUAUUCAUGGAGUUGAAUGCAUGGUUGUUGCCAAUGAUGCUACUGUUAAAGGAGGAUCAUAUUAUCCUUUAACUGUUAAAAAGCAUUUGAGAGCUCAAGAAAUAGCCCAUGAAAACCACCUGCCUUGUAUAUAUUUAGUUGACUCUGGUGGAGCUAAUUUACCUCGCCAAGCUGAAGUUUUUCCUGAUAUUUGUCAUUUUGGUCGGAUUUUCUAUAAUCAAGCUGUGAUGUCUUCUAAAAAUAUUCCACAGAUUGCUGUUGUAAUGGGUAGUUGCACAGCUGGUGGUGCUUAUGUACCAGCCAUGGCUGAUGAAAGCAUUAUUGUAAAACAGCAAGGAACUAUAUUUCUGGGAGGUCCCCCUUUAGUGAAAGCUGCUACUGGUGAAGAAAUUUCUGCAGAACAAUUAGGAGGUGCUGAUUUACAUUGCAGGAAAUCUGGUGUAACAGAUUAUUAUGCAACAGAUGAUGAGCAUGCUUUGCAUCUAACUCGAAGAAUUGUAAAAAAUUUAAAUAGAAGAAAACCAUCUCAAUUGAAUGCAAUGGAUCCUGUCGAACCAAAGUUUUCUGCCGAAGAUCUGUAUGGUAUUGUAGGCUCUAACCUGAAAAAGACUUUUGAUGUUCGAGAAGUGAUAGCUAGGAUUGUUGAUGGCAGUCAAUUUGAUGAAUUUAAAGCACUAUAUGGAGACACAUUAAUAACAGGCUUUGGACAUCUGUAUGGCUAUCCAGUAGGAAUAAUUGGAAAUAAUGGUGUUUUAUUUGCUGAAUCUGCAUUAAAGGGGACUCAUUUUAUUGAAUUAUGUUGCAAAAGAAAAAUACCUCUCAUAUUUUUACAAAAUAUUACAGGUUUCAUGGUUGGAAGAGAAGCUGAAGCAGGGGGAAUCGCUAAGCAUGGUGCCAAAAUGGUGACAGCUGUUGCUUGUGCCAAAGUUCCAAAAUUGACAGUGAUAAUUGGAGGCUCAUAUGGUGCUGGAAAUUAUGGCAUGUGUGGACGAGCUUAUUCGCCAAGGUUCUUGUACAUGUGGCCUAAUGCCAGAAUAUCUGUAAUGGGUGGAGAACAAGCUGCCAACGUUCUUGCUCAAAUUACUAGAGAUCAAAGAAAAAGAGAAGGAAAACCUUGGAGUGAAGAAGAAGAAAAAGCUCUAAAGCAGCCCAUAAUUGAGAGGUUUGAAGAAGAAGGACAUCCUUAUUAUUCAUCAGCCAGGUUGUGGGAUGAUGGCAUAAUUGAUCCUGUUGAUACACGAAGAAUUUUGGGAUUGAGUCUUAGUGCAGCUUUAAAUUCAAAUAUACAAGAAACUGAAUUUGGAGUAUUCAGAAUGUGAAAGACAAAUACAAGAAAAA